AUGACUCGUUCUCUAGACAUUGUAUUUGCCUUUGUCUUGGCUCUCUUUGCCGCCGUCGUACAUGCCUCCCCGGCGUCCUACUGCGAUGCAUCCUCAAGCAAAGUCUGCUACAACUGGGCUGUCCCAUCGUCAACCUCCUCACUUUACAUUCGCCUUGAAGCCCCUACCACCUACCAAUGGGUCGCCCUCGGCACCGGCUCCCGCAUGAGCGGCUCCACGAUGCUCGUUAUAUACCAAGAUGGCUCGGGCAAUGUCACCUUGAGCACUCGCAAGGGACACGGUCAUGAUACGCCGACGUACCAGGCCAUGAGCAGCAUCAAGCUUGUCGAGGGAAGCGGCGUGUCGAAUGGCUCGAUGGUUGCCAACAUCUACUGGAAAGAUGCGAGCAUACUAGGAACUGCUAAUUGGAUCAGUGCCUGGAAGAAGGGUAGCUCUAUGGACACAAGCGAUGCAAGCAGUGAUUUUGCUGAGCAUGAUGGAACGGAUAGUUUCUCUGUUGAUCUUUCCAAAGCUACCGUCAGCGGCACAUCCAACCCUUUCCUCAACGCGUCCAACACUACACCAAGCGACAAUGCUGUCUCCGGCGGCGGCGGAGGUGAAGAUCAUACUGGCUCAGCACACGGGGUUAUCAUGGCCGUCGUUUUCCUCAUCGGGUUCCCAAUUGGCUCUGUUCUUAUGCCUCUGCUUGGGAAAUGGCUUAUUCAUGCAUCGUGGCAGAUCAUCGCCUUUGUAGGAAUGUGGAUUGGCUUUGGGAUUGGGAAAAUCGCUGCUGAUCGCGGAGGAGACUGGUUCCAUGAACCUCACGUUGUCCUAGGGACAAUAGUGUGCGUCUUGAUGAUCGUGCAGCCUAUUUUGGGAUGGAUGCACCACAGGAAUUAUGUCAAGUACCAACGUCGAACGACAAUCAGCUAUGGACAUAUUUGGUACGGCAGAGCCAUCAUGAUUGUCGGCAUCAUCAACGGAGGCAUCGGGUUGCAGUUAUCUAGUGCAUCUACAGCCUUGAUUGUUGGAUACAGUAUUGUCGGUAUUCUUGUCUCUGCCAUUUACGCUGCCGGCGCUGUCCGCAAGGUUGUCCAGAUGAAGAGAAAGGAACAUGAAUUGCUGUCGGAUCCAUCGAAUAGCGCUUUGGAAUUGCGGGCAUAG